AUGGUUACUGUGGAGGAAGUUCGCAGGGCUCAACGUGCUGAAGGCACCGCCACCGUCAUGGCAAUUGGAACGGCAAAUCCUCCAACUAUGUAUGAGCAAAGUGCAUACCCAGAUGCUUACUUUCGUAUGACCAAUUCUGAGCACUUGACGCCAGUCAAAAUCAAAAUGCAGCGCAUGUGUGAUAGAACCACGAUAAAAAAACGUUACACGUAUACAACAAAAGAAGUUUUGAAAGAAAACCCAAACAUUGCUACGUACAAGGCACCUUCAUUGGAUACUAGACAAGAUAUGGCAGCAACAUUGGUACCAGAGCUAGGGAAGCAAGCUGCAAUCAAGGCCAUUGAGGAAUGGGGCCAACCCAAAUCAAAAAUCACUCAUUUAAUCUGUUGUAGCACUAUGGGACCAUUCAUGCCUGGGUAUGACUACCAAAUUGUCCAGCUCUUAGGGCUUGACCCAUCUAUUAAACGAGUCAUGUUGUAUCAACAAGGUUGUAAUGGAGGUGGCACUAUACUUCGUAUAGCUAAAGACUUAGCCGAGAACACUAAAAAUGCACGUGUCCUGAUCGUUUGUGUUGAAAUAACUAUUGCCGGCUUCCAUAGCCCUAGUGAAACUGAUGUCGACGUACUUGUGACUCAUUCUUUGUUUGCGGAUGGUGCAGCAGCUCUUAUAGUUGGUGCAAAUCCAAUUCCUAAUGUUGAAAAGCCCAUAUUUGAAUUAGUCUCUGCAGCCCCAACAUUAGUGCCUAAUUGCCCUGGGGCUAUUUGUGGGAGUAUUCGUGAGCACGGACUUACCAUUCAUAUUGGGAAGGAAGUUCCUGACAUUAUUGCAAAUCAUAUUGAGGAGAGACUAAUUGAGGUAUUCCAACCUUUAGGUAUCUCAGAUUGGAAUUCAAUCUUUUGGGCUGCACACCCAGGUGGACCUGCAAUUUUGGACCAAGUUGAGGCCAAGUUGGGUCUUAAACCUGAGAAGCUACUUGCUACUAGGCACGUGCUUGCUGAGUAUGGUAACAUGUCAAGUGUGACUGUACUGUUUGUUUUGGAUGAGCUGAGGAAGAAGUCAACUGAAGUUGGGUCAAAGACUACAGGUGAGGGGUUGGAAUGGGGAGUGCUUUUUGGGUUUGGUCCUGGGCUAACUAUUGAGACUUUGGUUCUCCACAGUGUUAACAUUGCUUAAGGGCUCCUAUGAUUUGAUUUACUUUGCAUUAUUUUCGACUUUUAAUAAGGAAAUUGUAUUUGUGGGCCAAAUUGUAAACUUUGGC